GCUGCGUCCUCCAGAACAUCAGCCGGAUCGCAGCAGAACCUCCGCUGCUCUCUGAGAGCGUCUCGGUUCUGUUUGUCCGGAACCAGCGCGUCUGAAAGUCUCCGGAGGAGGAGGCGUUCAGCCCGGUUCUGCUCCGGUUCUGCCCUGGUUCUCCUCCAGGCAUCAUCUCCAGUCGUGACGCUUCUCUUUCGGAUUCCGCAGCGGAACCGAACCGGGUCCGGUUCUCCGUCGGUUCUAGUAGGUUCGUUUUGGAAUUGGACCGGGUUGUGGACAGCAGGGGGACCAUGACCGCCACCAAGGAGCAGCAGAACCAGAGACCGAACCAGCCGCAGCAGGAUGAGGACCUGGGCGCGGUCAGCCCUCCUCAGAGGAACUGGAAAGGCAUCGCCAUCGCUCUACUGGUCAUACUGGUGGUCUGCUCCCUCAUCACCAUGUCCGUCAUCCUGCUAAGCCCAGUCGAUAGCCAAGCCAGCAGCGACACCAAGCUGACCGUGGAGGAUCUGUUCAGACCAGAGUUCAGGGUGCACGACCCGGAGGCCCGAUGGAUCAACGAUUCUGAAGUCAUCUACAGGAACAGCAACGGCCAUGUCAUCAAGUUCAACCUUCUCACCAAUGAGACCGAGAUCAUCCUGCCAAACACAACAUUUGUGAAUUUCAACGUGGCAAAGUUUUCUUUGUCUCCAGAUAUGAAGUACGUUCUGUUCGCCUACGAAGUGAAGCAGGUUUACCGUCACUCCUUCAUGGCGUCCUACAGCAUCUACAACAUCCACACACGGGAGGUGUGGGAGCUGGACCCUCCGGAGGUGGUGAACUCGGUGCUGCAGUACGCUGCGUGGGGCGUCUCUGGACAGCAGCUGAUCUACAUAUUUGAAAACAACAUCUACUACAGAUCUCACGUGAAGAGCAACUCUCUGCGGCUCACGUCUUCAGGAAAGGAAGGAGUCAUCUUCAACGGAAUCGCCGACUGGCUCUAUGAAGAGGAGAUCCUGGAGAGCCAUGUGGCCCACUGGUGGUCUCCAGACGGGGAGCGGCUGGCCUUCCUGGUGCUCAACGACUCUCUGGUCCCCAACAUGGUUCUGCCGCGCUUCACCGGCGCCACAUACCCCAAACAGAAGCAGUACCCCUACCCCAAGGCGGGCCAGCCCAACCCGGCCGUCAAGCUGUUCGUGGUCAACAUCUACGGGCCGACCCACACGCUGGAGCUGAUGCCACCGGAGGCGCUCAGGCUGCGGGAGCAUUAUGUGAGCACAGUGAAGUGGAUCAGUAAGACCCGGACGGCGGUGCGCUGGCUGAACCGGGCCCAGAACGUCUCCAUCCUGACGGUGUGUGACACCACCACCGGAGCCUGCGUCACGAGACAUGAGGAAAGCUCGGAGCUGUGGCUGUCUAAGCAGAACCAGCAGCCCGUGUUCUCCAGGGACGGGUCCCGGUUCUUUCUGACCGUCCCGGUGAAGCAGGGCGGACGGGGCGAGUUCCACCACAUCGCCAUGUUCACGACGCAGUUCAGGGCGGAUCAGAACGAGGUCCGACACCUGACCUCUGGGAACUGGGAGGUGACCCGGAUCCUGGCCUAUGACGAGCCCAACCAGAACCUUUACUUCCUGAGUACUGAAGGGUCGCCACGGCAACGGCAGCUCUACAGCGUUAAAACAGUGGGUCUGUUUCCACGGCGAUGCCUGACCUGUGACCUUCACAGAACCAACUGCCUCUACUUCAGCGCCGACCUCAGCCCGUCCAACCAGAAUCUGCUGCUGCACUGCCAAGGUCCUGAAGUUCCCACUGUGAUCCUCCACAGCCUCAAUAACUCCAAUUACUAUAUCCUGGAGAACAACUCAGUGCUGAAGGCAGUUCUGAAGAACAAACGGAUCCAGAAAAAGGAGUACCAAACCGUCCGGGUCGAGCCUUUUGAUUUCCCUCUGCAGAUGUGUUUCCCUCCAGACUUCUCUCCGUUGCGUCAGUACGGCCUGCUGCUGGUCAUUGACAGCGCCCCCGGUGGCCAGGCGGUGAGCGAGCGCUUCUCCCUGGGCUGGGACUCGGUGCUGGUCAGCUCAGACGGCGUCAUCGUGGCCCGGCUGGACGGCCGGGGCAGCGGCUUCCAGGGCCAGCGGAUCCUGCAUGAGGUGCACCAGAGGCUGGGCACGGUGGACGUCCUGGACCAGAUUGCGGCGCUGGAGUUCAUGAUGAAGUUCUCGUACAUCGAUCGCUCGCGCAUCGCCGUGUUUGGACAGGGCUACGGCGGCUACCUGGCGCUGAUGAUGCUGAAGUCGACAGACAGCCUGGUGAAAUGCGCCGCCGCCAUGUCGCCCGUCACCGACUGGAGGCUCUACGCGUCGGCGUUCUCAGAGCGCUACCUGGGCCUGCCAGUACGGGACGACAGCAGAUACCAGGUGUCCAGCCUGCUGCAGAGCGUCCAGGCGCUCCGAGAGCAGACGCUGCUGCUGCUGCACGCCACGGCAGACGCAAACAUUCACUUCCAGCAUUCAGCUGAGCUGGUCAAGAGCCUGGUGAAGGCCGGAGCCAACUACUCCAUGCAGAUCUACCCUGAUGAAGGUCACUUCCUGUCGGCGCCGAGCCGCCAGCACUUGUUCUCGGCGCUGAGCGGUUUCUACAGAGAGUGUCUGAAGGAGGAGCUGCUGCCGCUGCCUGACGAAGACGAGGAAGAGGAGGAGUGACAGCUGCCGGUUCUCCGCCUGGACUCAGCCGCCGGAGCUGCUUCGGCCCGAAUGAGCGCUUUGUUGUGUGAAUGUAUAAAUAUGUGGACAUGAAGGACAGCGGGACGCCGCGGGGACAGCAGGGGGCGUCCUCGCCUCUAGCAUCAACUUCUUCUUCUUCUGGAUCGCUCACGAUCCCAGCUAAGCACACGGAGAACUUCCUACGUUUGUUCCAGGUUCUUCAGACUGCAGCCCUCCACACCAAACACGUGCACCACCGCCGCACUGGUCUCCAUGGAGACGGCAACACCGCCAUCACCGCACGACAAGAUGGAGCUCCACCUGACGCCAACACUGUAAACCGAUGGGAGCAGCGCACUGAUGAAGAAACAAUGCCCUGUUAGCAUCCAGUUAGCCUCAGAUUUCACAUCCUGUUAGCAUCAGCUGUUAUCCUCCAGUUAACCUCCUAUUAGCUUCAGCCCUUAAAGGGACAGUCCUCCUGACAAACUGGGUUUCUGAGCUGUGACCUUCUGCUGACCUUGGAUGUCUGGGAUGAAGAAGUGAAGCUUCAUCUGCAGGUUCUGCUGCAGAACCAGAACCAAAACCAGAACUUUCUCAUUCUGGACCCAUCAGUUGUUGACAUCAGAUCUUCAGCCUCGAGAGUUUUCAGACAACCGGCCGAUCUGACCUUUAACCUUCAUUAUUCUAAUAAUCAUUCCACAGUCCGUUUCCUGCAGUGAAGCAGCGAAUCAGAACUGAGUCAGUAGUUACAGUCCAGUUCCAGAACCAAAGGUCCAGUUUGGUUGUCCAGCCGACAGAAACCAGCAGAGUUCUGUCAGAAAACACACCAGACUAAAUAAUAAUAUUAAUAAUAAUAAUCAAUGGUGGGCUGUGCUAGCUACAAAGCUAGCUGCGCUAACUCUAACGCACAAAUCAUAGUCAAUGUUUCUGCUAACGCUAAAGUGCUAACUUCAAUUGAAAUUAUAUUAUCCCUUAAAACACCAAAACCUUCCAAUUUAAUUUGGGCAUAAUUUAAAUGUUCUGUUAUUGAUAUUGUAUUUAUUUCUAGUUUUGUCCAUUUUAUUUUGUUUCUGUAUGUUUCUUGUUAUUUUUGUUACAAAACAUGACAGGAAGCGGAACUGGCGUCACCUACUUCAAAAUAAGAGCAUUAAUGUAAAUGUCUAAACUUGAUAAAUUAUUAUAAUAAUCAAAACAUCAACACAGAUGUUGAACUUCAACAGAAAGUUUCUAAAACAGACAGAAAAAUGUAUCUUAAAAAAGUUCAUUUAUAAAAACCUCAGUGCACAAAUGCUAAAUAGAAAGUUAGCUCGACUGUUAGCCGAUUAGCUCCAUUUUGUCCUGUCUGAAAUCAUAAUAAGCCAUAGAUAGUAAAAUGUAAUUAUCUACCAAUAUAUUGGAAUUAGACAGCAGAGAAAACAAUAAAAAAUAAAACUAAGAUUUUGAUUUUUCUAAAGUCAUCAUGUAAGUUCCACCUUUUUGAGUUUUCUAUCAUGUUAUAAACACCUGGAGUGUUUCCUUGAUCGCAGGCUUGCUGCUCGAGAACUGGACCAGUUAAAGUAACGGAUAAUGUGGAAGGACAGCAGCGAGGUUUAAAUCUGGUCUAAUUAAACCUCCAGACUGACCCAGUUCCAUCACAACCCAGCCAGCCAUCAGCUUCACUGAGCAAGCACACGGCGACAGUGGAGACGAACAGUUUGGACAGCUAAACCUAACAGCUGCUGCAAGGUCAAAGGUCACGUCCAAACAAAUCUGAAAGGAGCAUCAGUUUAUCACUUCCACCAACAACUCUUUGUAUAUUUGUAAUAAAAAAUAAAAGGUCAAGUAUGGGGCAACAUUUGGGCCAAAAUUAAGACAACAGCCCAUCCAGCUGUAGCUACUUCCUGUAACGAUUAGCAUGUCUAGGCUAGUCACUUGCUGAGUUAAAUUUUUUUUUGUUUCAGAGAAAACUUUAUUAAAGAAAUGGGUUGACAUUCUUUUAAUUUUGGCCCUGAUGGCGCUCCGUAUGCUGGAACACGUCUGGUCCAGCUGCUGGAUCAGAACCAGCAGCUGGAUCCAAGAGCUGGGUCAGAACCGGCUUAAUUUUUAGUUUAGCGCUUUAGCUAACUUUGAAAACAUUUAGCACACUUAGCUUCCUCUAAAUGUAAUUUUUCUGGAUAAAUUAUAAGGCUCUAAUUUACUUUGUGGUUUUUGUAAUAAAGUUGAAGGUCCAGCUGCUGAUUCUGACCCGGCUGCUGGUUCUGGUCCAGCUCGCCGCGACACACAGCCCAGAUUAAUCGGAUUUUCUCUUUAAUCUGCACCUACUCAGGCUCUCCAGAGGUGGCGCUGCAGUCUGUGUUAUUCCGAUAUGGAUGGCAGGUUCGGAUGAAUCUGGUGUGGAGCCAUUUGGGUUCUGGGCGGUUCUGGACGGUCCGGACCGCCGGUAGAAGCAGGUUGUGGUGUCUUCAAACUAAUCUGGAUCACUCCAUGGACUUCCGGCAGCAGUUCCGGUGUUUGCAUGUCCCUCGCGGGGAGCCGUAGUUUUGUACAGCGGAGUCCAGAAAACAGAAAUCUAUUUUCAGAUUCCCAGAGAUUCAGUCCGUGAUUCUCCUGGAUUCUUGUAUAUUUCUUAUUGUUUCCUUUGGGCGGUUGGUUGAUUUUCCUCCUAGGACGGAUUUUGUAAUUUUGCUUGUUCCGGUUCUUUUUGCUGUACUGGGUCGGGUCGGGUCGGGAUUAUUGUGAUUGUCCUCUGGUGAUGAUUAUAAAUGAAUAAAAAAUGUAAAACUGUG